UCGCCUUCUAACGAGAUGCACCAGAAGCACAGACCGAUCCUGGCCGCGCUCACAGCACAGCACGCACACCGGACAAAGAACUGGGGUAUGAACAAAGCAUCCCUGGAAACGGGUAGCUGCCGCUCUCGGGUGCCCUGCAAUCUCCUUAGAGCGCAUGCGCAACCUCCCCCCUCCCGGGAGCCACCCGUCCCCAGGGCCGCGCGGAAAGAUGACGUCACGUAUCCCCCGCGUCUCCCGCUUGCGGUCACUUCCGGGUUGAAUCCCACCAGAUUUCGAAUAGGUGACCAGGAGUUUGAUUCUUUGCCAUCUUUACUGGAAUUCUACAAAAUACACUAUUUGGACACUACAACCUUGAUAGAGCCAGUUUCCCGAUCCAGGCAGAAUAGCGGCGUCAUCCUCAGACAGGAGGAAGUUGAAUAUGUGCGAGCUCUCUUUGACUUUAAUGGAAACGAUGACGAAGAUCUUCCGUUUAAGAAAGGAGACAUACUGAAAAUCCGGGAUAAACCUGAAGAGCAAUGGUGGAAUGCAGAAGACAGCGAAGGAAAGAGGGGAAUGAUACCUGUUCCUUACGUCGAGAAGUGUAGACCUUCCUCUGCUUCAGUAUCUACUCUGACUGGAGGUAACCAGGAUAGUUCCCACCCACAACCACUGGGUGGGCCGGAGCCAGGGCCCUAUGCCCAGCCCAGCAUCAACACUCCGCUCCCUAACCUUCAGAAUGGCCCUAUUUAUGCCCGGGUUAUCCAGAAGCGAGUCCCUAAUGCCUACGACAAGACAGCCUUGGCUUUGGAGGUCGGUGAGCUGGUAAAGGUCACAAAGAUUAACAUGAGUGGUCAGUGGGAAGGAGAAUGUAAUGGCAAACGUGGUCACUUUCCAUUCACACAUGUCCGCCUGCUGGAUCAACAGAAUCCUGAUGAGGACUUCAGCUGAGUGUGGCUCAACAGUUGCGCUUGCAGAUGGGAACAAUCUCAACUUGUUUUUAUUGCAGAAGCCAUCCAGACUGUGUUCUGACAGAGGCUGAAAGCGGUAUUGCUUGUAUAAGCAUUCUGAUAACCUGCAAACCCCUGGGACUGAACACCACCAUUCCUUAAUCAAGGGUCACGUAAUUCAGGGUACGACAGUAGAUAAGUUGUGUGUCAAGUGGCAGAACUAGUACAUGAUUAUAGGUUGUAAUGCCUGCUUAUGUCCAUGUGCACAGCAGACUGGACCUUGCCAGGAGCAUCAGCUGGAGAGAGCAGUAACAGAGACGUUAGGACAGCAUUUACAGCUCUCUCCAGUCCUUUUCUUUAUGUUGCUUCUCCCUCAGGCAAUGAACAUCAACCUUAGACAAUUCAAUGUAUAGAUAGUUUGUUUGGGUUGGUUUUUUAUUCCCCACAAAUUUAUCCUGGAGCUUUCUCCAUUUUAUUUUUUCCAUCCUGAAUUCUCUGUCCUAGAAAUGCUGUGUAGUACUUUGCAUGGUGAGUUAACUAUGCACAGUACAGAUAUUUUAGAGCACACUGGGGACAGCCUUAUGAUUUACAAAUACGUACCAUUUUAAUGGUAAAUGACAGAACAAAUCAACCUCAGAAUUCUGGACGCUGGUGGGCACUAGAUUGAUUUAUUCAGUACUGUUGAUGCUUCAGACAUAGCAGCUAAUUUUAAUUUAAAUUUUCUAUUAACACGCCAGUAACUCUUUAUCCACAAGUAGAAGGCUUAUUGAAGUGUAAACGUCCAUACCAGUGCUGAAAAAUAAAUGUGUAAAAGCACUUUAAGGCGUAGCUUUAAGCAGUGUUUGAUUCACUAAAUGUACUCAAACGUUUACACUGCUUUGAGAAAAAGAUAAAUUCCACAGGGCCUGUCUAACUAGUCUAGAACUGUUCAAUACCCGUAUGCAUUACAGUACAAAUCAUUGUCAAAAGUGGUGAACUGACAAAGCAAAUACUACUUCUAUUUUGAAAUCACUCUGGGGACUCUUCUGGCUUAAUUCUCAUCUGUAAAAUAUUUGAUAGUGAAUUCAUGAGGAUUUUAUUUUUAAUAAACUAAUGGAAAAUA